AUGUCGCCGGACCUGCCGAAACCGCCCUGCAAAGGCAGCGACGACGACGACUGCCGCUCUCCUCCAUCCUCCGAUGGCAGCCGGCGCCUGGUCACCCCGCUCGUGGUCACCGCGUUCGUCCUCGUCUUCCUCGCUCUCGCGUCCCUCUCCAUCUACUGCUUCAUCCGUCGCAGGAGGCGCCGGCGCCGGCAGCAGUCCCUUCUCGCCGCCGAGGCUGCCAACCCCGGCGUCCAGGGCGACGGCCCCGCCCCCGAGAUGGCUGGCGCGGCGAUCGCGACCGACGUCGAAGUGGGCGCUCCAGGUCCAGAGGAUGAAGAGGUCGUGCACCACGCGUGGCACAUCCGCACCGUGGGGCUCGACGAGAAGGCGAUCGAGUCCAUCGCGCUCACGCGGUACCGCGCCGGCGCGGGGACGCAGGGCGGCGCCGCCGACUGCUCCGUCUGCCUCGGCGAGUUCCUGGACGGCGAGCUCCUCCGGCUGCUCCCCAAGUGCGGCCACGCGUUCCACGUCCCCUGCAUCGGCACCUGGCUCCGCGCCCACGUCAACUGCCCGCUCUGCCGCGCCGACGUCGUCGUCUUGGACUCCGCGGCCACCGGCGGUUCGGAUCCACCUGCCGACGACGCUCAACAAGUUUCCAGCGGCACCGAUACCUUGAAUCACGAGCGGCCGGGUCCAGCUCAACAACGGCCGAACGAGCAGCAAGAGCUGCGUGUGCAGAUCGACCAGCGCAACCGGUCGAGGUCGCCGGAGCCACCGCGCAGGAGGAUGCAGACUUUUCGCCGCGUAGCUUCCAUGGACUUGUCGGUGGUGUCGGCCAGGGCCGGGCUGGUUCCGGAAGACAAGCGGAGCAGUGCAGAAAACCAGGGGAACGGCGAGGUGCCAUCGGGCUCUGGACGCUUGCGGUAUUUGUCCGGCGGUGGUCGGCGGUCUCUCCUCUCGGGACAUCGCCGCACGAGCAGCUCCAUGCUCCCGUCUUGA